GGUUAAAAAAGUUCUGAUAUUGUUCUGAUAUGGUGUCACAAAGUGUUUUGUAAUUAUAAUAUGUAAUUUAAUUAGUUUAUUAAUAAGCGGAAAUAAGUGUUCAGUAAUGUGAUAAAUUGAAUUUUUUCUACAUAAAAAUUGUCGAGGGCACGGUAAUCCACUUUUUAUCUGUGACAUUCACUAAUGCAUUAACUGACUUUAAAAGUGAUGGUGCAAUUAAUUUCUGCUGUUCUAUUUAUAAUUUCGAUAGUGCAAUUUACUGAAUCUAGUCUUUAUAAUUAUAAAAGUGAUUACCAUGAUGUUUGCCCACAUUUGUACAGAACACCUUUUAAAGGCUAUGUCCCUCGUGCAAAUUUAACAGCAGGAACAUACACUGAAAUUCCAAAGGCAACGUCUUUAAAAUCCUGUGUAUUAAAGUGUUGUGUAAAAGAAAAUUGCAAUGUUGUUUUUGUUGUUAACAAGAAAUGUUACCACAUUCAGUGUGUUAGCAAUGAUGUUUGUGCCCCAUCACCAACAAACCAAGAUGAUAUGGAUGAUGUAACUAUGGUGCUUGUAAAUCCGGUCAAUGGUGAUGAAACAUGGGCAGAUAUAGUUGAGGGUGGCAGUUACAUUGGAGAACCUUUUGAUAAAGAAAUGUUGAACAUUUUAAACAACCCUACAGAAUUUGAAAAGGCUUAUAAAGAAGCUAUGAUACAAAUGGAUGAGUCAAAUUUUAAUUUUGCUUCUGGCUGCACUAUUGGUAAUCCAGAAGCUUGUGAAAUAAAUGAAGAAUGCAUACAAAAUCAUCCAAAAUCUCGUUCAGGAACAUGUCGAUGUAAAACAGGUUUUGCUCGUUCUCCAUCUGGACUUUGUACAUUGGUUUUGGAUUUUAAAGAUAAAGGAAUUCAUGAUGUACUCAAUGGAUUUUCAGAGCAAAUUUUACCAGUAUCAAGCUCAACAAAUACCUCUUUAAAGCAGCUUACAAUUACUGUAGAAUCUAAAGAGGUAAAAUUACCUGAAAAUGAAGUCACAUUAACUGCUUUCAUUGAUCCACCAGCAACUGAAAAAGGAGGGUAUCAGUACGAUUGGAACUUGAUACAACAGCCUGAAGGCAAUGCAGCUGUUAAACAUCAAAAUGGAGAGCAAUUACAGUUAUCUCAACUUUCUGAAGGAUUAUACACUUUCAAGGUGACGGCUUCAAAUGACGUUUCCUAUGGGGAGGCAUUCACCAAUGUUACAGUCUUGCCUCCAUCAAGGGUCAACAAACCUCCUGUUGUAGUUAUCACUCCAGCAAAUCAGACUGUUAAGCUUCCUAAUACAGGAGCAGUUCUUGAUGGUUCAUCAUCAUCUGAUGAUGACGGUAUUACCACCUGGCAUUGGGACUUAGUUCAGGGACCACUUGGUUAUGAACCAGAACUCCAAGAAACGCCUACGUUACAACUUAAAGAUUUGAAAAUUCCUGGGAACUACACAUUUAAAUUGACCAUCACCGACACUGAUAAGGCAACAAAUUCGAAUAUUGCUAACAUAACUGUCGUUAAAGUAACUGAUUACCCCCCAGAAGCAAAUGCUGGUCAAAAUGAAAUUUUGUAUUUGCCUCAUAAUUCGAUAACAUUAAAUGGCAAUUUGAGUUCUGAUGACCAUGCGAUAGUCGCAUGGGAAUGGACCAAGAGCGCAAGUGAUGCUAAUAAAGCUGUUGACAUGCAAGACACUCGAACUCCUUAUUUAAAACUAUCAAAUCUGGAGGAAGGUAUGUACACCUUCGUUCUAAAAGUUACCGACAGCGAGAAUCAAAUUAGUACAGCUGACGUGCACGUCUUUGUAAAACCCCCCACAAAUAAACCUCCUGAGGCCAGGGCGGGAAGUAACAUAACGAUUAGUUUACCACAAACGUGGGUGACUUUAGAUGCAAGUGGUAGUACUGAUGAUAAUAAGAUCGUGGGCUACCAAUGGAAACAAGUCGAAGGACCAAACACAGCAGCUAUAAUGGGGCAAAAUUCAAGUGUUACGAAUGUAACAGGGUUAACAAAGGGCGUUUACCAAUUCAGGGUGUUUGUAACGGACGAUAACGAAAACGUGGCCAAUGAUACGGUUUUUGUCAUUGUUAAUCAAAACGAGAAUCAGAAACCAAAAGCGAAUGCGGGAGGUGAUUUCGAGGUCGAAUUACCUCGUAAUGUUAUUUACAUAAACGGGUCUCUAUCUAAAGAUGACUGGAAGGUAACUAAAUGGAAAUGGACCCGUGAUGAGUCAUCUUUGGCGAUCGGUAGCAUAGCAGAGAAGUCCGACGAAACGCCUGUGCUCAUGUUAACUGGUGCAAUACCGGGGAAGUACGUGUUCACAUUAACUGUGUAUGAUGAACAAGGUCAAACCGAUAUGGACACAGUAACGGUCACUGUUAAGGGCGAUCCUAUGCUUUAUCAUAUGGUUGACGUCACUAUAGGAACCAAUGCAAAAAUUCUCACCGAGUCUCAGUAUAACAUUGCUAAAGGAAAAUUGGCCUUAUUGGUACAAGACGGGGCAGUUUUGAAGGAACGUGGUUUGAAGCCUGAAUCUGGUACAAAUAGGGCUAUCUUAAGCUUCUACGUCGAAGACAGGCAUGGCAAACCAUUGCCUGCUAGUGUCGUGGUAGAGCAACUUCGAAAAAAGUUACGGGUCGACGAAAGUCUUUUGGGUUUCCAAGUCACACGUUUACAGAGUGUUAUUUGCCAAAAUAAUUGUUCAGGUCAUGGUGUAUGCGACGAACAAACACGACGAUGUGUUUGCGAGGCCUUCUGGAUGCAAGACCUGUUUAAUUUAUACUUUGGUUUUGAAGAGGAUUCAGAUUGCAGAUGGAGUAUAUUGUACGUUGUUUUGGGUGUGAUAUGCAGUGUAGUAGCAUUAAUUGGAAUUUUAUGGGGUGCUGCUUACUUGUGCUUCAGUUGGUGCGUCCGUAGGAGGUUAAACUCCAAACCAAACUCUUACAAAUUAAUUGAAGAAACCGACGAUUUGCCUCCAUAUUCUAGAAAGGACAACCUUACAGACAGUGACACCGAUUCGGACGUUGUGUUUGAGUCGAGGAAUAAAAGUUCACGUUUUGAAUCCCGAAAUGGACACAAGCCAACCAGGAAUGGUUUUCCAAAAAUGGGUAGAAGAAUAAAAACGUAAGCGUCGACUAGGAUCAUUUACACGCUUUUGCUAAGGUAAUGCCUUAAUUUUUUACUUAUGCUACCUUUUCGAAGUAAGCUUUACUUAUACAGGGUUUUAAUUUGUUAAAUGUCAAGAAUUAUAGUUAUUAUCUAAUUUUUAUCUCCUAUGUUGACAUUCGGUUGAUACCUUUUUAACCAGAAAAUAAACAUUAAAAUUAGUUAACUGGAUUAUCGUUUCUGGUUAAAGAAGUUUAAAGUAUUAAUAAUAUUGUGAUAUUUUAUUUGUGGCGCAUUCAAAAACGGAAAAAAAAUUUGUUAUAUUUUUUUCUAUAAUUCUUUUACCAGAAAAUGUGCCAUCACACUAAAAAUAUGAGCUCGAUUUAAGCCCCCAUUUACCAUUACUGUGGCUGUGUUUUUCUAAUUUUAAUCAGUACUUUUACUAGUCCACAAAAAAAUCGCACAGACCAAACAGGUAACUUAACAAAUAUAGCUGUUGCCAAUUAUCUCAUAAGUGAUCGAGUUACAUCCCAGUUAUGUAGUUGUAAUAUGUUGUGUUUUUUGGAAAAGAAAUUACUUUGGUUAUGAGAAGAAUUCUUUAAAAAACAUGCAUAUUUUUUCUGGUGGUUUAUUAUUUAUCAUUUGUUGUAUUUUGAAUUAAUCCGUAAUUUUUUUGCCAAUGUAUUGCAUUUAAUUAUCAUUCUUAAAGGACUAUACAUAUAUGCUAUAUAUUUAUAACAAUAAUAAGAUUUUUCAUAAGGUAAUUUAAACUCGUGUUGUAAAAAAUUGUGUAGAAGUAAAUAUAGGAGGCCAAUGAGCUUUGUUGAUAAAUGUGUUUGUGUUAGGUAUAAGUAAUUAUGUUGUAUGUGUAUAUUUUGUGAUUUUCACAACGAAAUAGAUCAUAAUAACUUA